CAUAAGCAUACAAUUGUUUGAUAACUUUCUACUUCAGCAAGAGGGGGCACCCAAAGCCACCCUGUUAUUGCUUAAUCAUAAGCGACCCACAUGUUGGUAAUUUUCCCCAUUAGCCUUGCUUUGUAUCACCUCUGUUAUUAUGAGCACUUAACAUGCAGCAGCAGUCGGCUACACGCCCAUCACGUUUACCUGCCCACAUGCAGGUGGAGCUGUGCACAUAGGACAGGAGCCGGGAGGCAAGCUUGUGAUAACACUUUACAAAACCUGCGCUGCCAGAGAAGAAGGAUUUCAGGGUUUCUUUUUCAGAGCGUGUGUUUAUUCUGUUUUAAUUCAAUAACCGACUGAUGGAAAAGACAUCCUGCUAGGUCACACCUAGCGCCAUGUACUUGCCAACGAUCCUACGAGCUACUGUCAGAUAACGCAUAAUUGGACCUUUACAGAGGACAGACGUAGAAAGGCCGCUCUACUGAUGGCCUUCCUCCACCAGCUGAGACUCCUUCUCUGGAAGAAUGGACUGUCAGUCAUCAGACAACCGCUAUGGUCCCUGACUCUGAUCAUCUGGCCUCUGAUAAUCUUCAUCAUCAUUGCUGUGACCCGACACCAGUUCCCACCGAUAGUAAAGAACACUUGUUAUGUGGGACCCCGAAACCUACCAAGCACAGGCUUCUUCCCUUUCCUGCAGACGCUCAUGUGCAACACAGACAGCCACUGUUACAACCAAUCACGACUUGUGGACCCAAGUGCAUCGAAGUCAGAGCAGGAUUCCUCAACACGUGGAAGCUUCAGGAGUUCCCAAUGGGGAAAUCUGAUGAAUGGGGAUUCAUUCAAAUUUCCUUUGAUGGAAGACCCCCUGAAAGAUCCUGUAACUCUGGUUAAGGCCUUGAUGAACGUUGUGGGUACAUCAAAUGGAGGCACACAGUACAAUGGCUCCUUCAUGAACAUCAAUGCAAGUCUUCUGGGAGAUAAUGAGACCUUCUACAGAAUGCUGGAGUCAGCGAACAUGCUAAAGAAAGCUAUAUGCACUGUGACGCUGCCCAUGAUAAACACAACGUCAUCCAGCCCCGCAUCGUAUGCUGUUGUCACUUUCUGCAAAUCCAACGACACUGUGUUUGAAGUCUCUCUCAACAUGCUCAACCAGAUACUCAUGGAGCUGAUGCUGACUAAACCAGAUGAGAUGGCAACACUUGCUGGGGUGGCUGUGGUUGUGUUCGAUCAGCUGCAGAAUCAGACUUCACUGUGGGAAAGCCUUUUAGCUCUUCCUGAGCUCUUCUCUUCUGGCUCUAUAGACCAAGUACUGGACAGUGCAGAGUCCCUUCUCAGCAACGUACAGGGUGCCAUGCGUACCGUCCAGCAAAAGUUCCCUGAAGCUGGGGUCCCACUUUCUAUGGUUGAUCCAGCAUUUGCACUUGGCCUCAGAGUAAUCCGCCAUGCUAAGAACUGGCCUGGCAAAGAUGUGUCCAUUCCCCUCGGAAACAUACUGAACAAUGACUCACUGAGUGAAAUGAUGACGCCAGUUCUACAGGAGGUCAAGAUACCACUGGACAAGGCCAUCCUCCUGACUUUGGACAAAGACAUGGUGUAUCAGUACUUGUGUAACAACACCAAUAACCCAUUGUGGAUGACAGCAGUGUGCAGCACAGGCACUGUGCACAUGCUGCUUGGCCGGAUCAGUCCUAACAAAGUUGCACAGCAGGCUCUCCUGGCAUGGAGUAAGCAUGUUGCUCAACAAGACGUGGCCUUCGCCAAAGAGCUGCUGCACAGUCUGAUGGGACAACUUGCCCCAGGAGAACAGGGGGCCCCCCACAUCACCAGGACCCGGCGUAGCGUAGAAACAGAACCACAAAACAUUGAGGAGGAGCUGUUUCUGGCUGUCGGUGGUGUUGUGAUGGACCUAAUACAGAUAUGGCCUGAAGCGGAUAGGUUUGUCCGUGGUGUCCUCAGAUCUGGCUUUGAGUCCAUGACGUUAGCAACGCUGACCCUUGAAACUGUAGAUGAAAUAGUGGCCGAUGUCCUGAAAGAUGCCGAUCAACUCAAACAAACUUAUCUGAUGUUGGUGACAAACCAGUCUGAGGCGAGCAUGUGGCUCAGUCGUGUCCUGGACAGUGCGAUGGACGUGAUAAUGAAGGUGUUGACAUCAGAGUCUGUAACAUGUGAGGAUGUGCUGGGUCGCUUCGAGUGGCUCCUGAAAACAGAGACAAUGCAGAUUAAGGUGUUGAGGUCAACGAUAUGUGGGAACGGGUCUGACCUGCAGCAGGCUUUACUGAUGGGCCUGAUGCCGUUUGUUGAAGCGGCAGAGGACUUUAACAGCACUCUAAUGGUCCCUGCAGACUACAAUGUAACACUCCCCAUGAUUCUCUCUGAGUGGCAGAAAAUGUACAACAACAGUAUGCAGUUUUUCACGCUUGUGCACAGACUGGCCGAGGAGCUGGGUGGGGCAUACUGGAUGGACUGGAUGCCUGACAACAGCACUCAUGAUGUGACGGAGACUCUUCAACAAAGUGUCUUCUAUGUCAUGAUAAAUUUGGGGCAAAAGAUUGAAAACAGUGAUCAGUGGGCUGACGUGAAGAACUACUUCCACAUCGUUAACUGGAUUUUAAACUACGCACCUGGUGUCACAACUCCCCACAACUGCUCCGUGGCCAUGAUUAGCCAAGGGAUUGAAUGUCACACAGAUUCUGAAUUCAACUGGCACCACUUUGUUACAACAAUGACUCAGACUCUGAUGUCACCAAACCCACACGUGGUGGUGAAUUCCCUUAAAGGAGCUGUAAAUCUAUUGCAGCAUGUGUACAAGGACGUUGUAAAGUCUGCCAUUGGACAUCUUUUGAAAGAAAAUAUCAAAGGCGGCGAUGCACUCUCCAGCUUCUUGACCAACCUUAUACACAACCUGCAAAGCUUUAUCAAUAAAAUCUCCAUGCUUACUGAUGAAGACAUCACCAACCCAGACACAAUACAUCCCCUUGUUGUCAACCUGUUAGAGUCCACCGGUCUGUCACCACUGCUACCUAUGUUCUCCAGCGAGGGUCAAGUCAAUGUCUCCACAGUUCUCCAUGUUGCCAUCAAGCUUAUCAAAGAAAACCAGCACAUUUUUACCUUCAAUGAGACAGACCCCACCAUGCCCCAGCUGGAGCAAUUGAUAAUGCGCUUUCUCUCGUCGGAAGGUAACCUCACUGCAUCUCUCUCUAACAUCGUGCUUACCUAUGUAGGCUACUUCAACCCUGCCGAUGUAGAACGACUCAAAGAAGCCAUCAGACCUUUCACAAACCAGACCUCAGCAGGCAUAGUCAAGGCCAUCCUUACAGCCAUGGAACUUCUGAAGACAGUAAUAGAUCCAAAUGGUGACCCAACUCAUGUCAUUCUUGAGUACAUAAGCCAGCUUCAAAACUUCAUCAUGUCUCUGUUCAGGCUGCGAAGAGAACAACAAUCCCUGUUAUCAAAUGGGGAGCUGAGUGCAGCACAAUUCACAGACCUCCACAUCGUUUCCAAGAGUUUUCUCAGCCUCCUCACCCUCGAGAACAUUCAGAAGCUGACUCAAGCUGGACCAGAUGCUGCGCAGGACAUGGUUAUACAGAAAUUUGUAGCAUUCCUACCAACUGAGAUCCAACAGGAUGCUGUUCGCUUUCUACAGGACUUCAAAGCUCUCCAGCAUCUUUUAACUAAAUGCGCAGCAGGCCACGACUGCUUGGGUGGAAUCUCAGAAAUCCUUGCGCUCCUGAAUCAAAUAAUAGACAUGGUGCUCUCAGCUGAAGAUGUCAACAUCAAAAUAAAUGUACCCAAUGCAUUGCUAAUGGAUCAGGAACACAUGGAAAUUGCACCCCUGUUCUUCUCACUCCUCCUGCCUCCACAUGAUGCUGUCUAUGUGAAAACACUGAAACAAGCCCUCAACUUCAUCAAAUUGGUCAUAGCGAUGCCAAAUGUUACCAUCUCUGAUGUUCAGACUGCUCUGCUUCAGUCAAACCUUACUCUAGAGGAGCUGAACAACCUGACAUCACUAUUCGGUGCUGCCAACAUUGCUGACCUGGAGGCAAAAAUAAUGGAUGUUAUCAACUCUCAAAAGUGUUUUGAACUCCAGCACAACCAGAUGGUGGCACCCCAGUGUGUUAUGGGAUUGGUCAAUGGGGUCACAGGUGUCCUAACACAGCUUCCUGCUCUCAAAAAUCAGACAGCCAUCCUUUCUCUCGUCCCCUUAAUUGUAAACAAUACAAUUCAUGAUAUCCUCAAAGUGAACUUCGGCUCCAAUCCCAAUGAAGCUCUCGAAUACACCCUGAACAGGAUCCUGGCCAAUGUCAAGAUGGUCCUGUUCAACACAACCGCUCUGCAUCCCGCUGAGCAACAAAUUCAACUUUACCAUAACAUCAUACAGAACUGUUUUGAACUUCAGCAAGACCAAAUGGUGACACCCCAGUGUGUCAUGGGAUUGAUCAAUGGGGUCACUGGUUUGGUAUCACUGCUGCCAAAUCUCCAAAAUGAGACAGCCAUCCUUUCCCUCAUCCCGCAAAUCGCCAAUGAAACAAUCAGGGAUGUCGCCAAAGUGAACUUCAGCUCCAAUCCUUAUGAAGCUGUCAUAUACACCCUGAACAGAACCCUGGCCAAUUUCAAGAUGACCCUCAAGCUAAACAACCAGCUCACCCCUGAAAUUGAGGCAGUAAUCAGAGCGCUGGGGGGUCUGAUUACCAACCAGAAACUACUGAACUGUUUUUCUAAUGACCCCUCAGCUGCAGACUCACUUCAUACCCAGAAAGUUUGUCUGGAGGCGGUGCACGUGUACUUGAAAACCAUGGAAAGCUCGCUCUCAGAAGUGUUCCAACCAUUCUUCAACCAGAUAUUAAUGCAAAUGGAGUUGCAGUUGGAACAGGCAGACUUUUCUUUGUUAGUGAUGAAGAGUGUUGAGCACCUGAUAAACAAUACCCAGCACCCAAUAGAUGGUGCAGGGGUGAGUCAAAUUGGCCAAACAGCAGCAAAUCUUCUCCAGCAUCUAUUUAAACUCAUAAAGAGCAACCUAGAGUUUCAGAAUAAUCUUGCAGGUAUGGAGCUGUUCAACACAACCGCUCUAGAUGAGGCUCAGCAUCAGAUUGAGCUUCAACUUGACAACAUUCAGAACUGGCUGAAGAAACCCAGCGUCUCUUUGGUCCUUUCUAGCAUGCUCCAAUGGGGGAAUAUCUCCAAUCCCUCCACCCCUGUGAAGGACCUCAACCACCUACUGCAAACAAUGGUUCACUUUCUCAAUGGUGAAGAACUGGCCUACCUCAUUGGCAACAUUACUGAGUCCCUGAGUAACGCUGUUAUGGUGGCAGAGCAACCAGGCAGUCUUGAGAGUGACGACUUCCUAGGUGCCAUCUUGAAAGCAGCUCAAAGUGCAAUGCAGAUCCUGACUGCAACCAACGGUCCUCUCCCACACUCUGUAGAGCAGAACAUCCUGGAAAUGUUGCAGUACUCACUAAAGCUCAUUCUCCAACCAGACACCAACUUCAACACCUCACGUUUAAUUUCACUCAAAAUCCUUGAGAGGGCUGAGAGCGUCAUCGAUGAAUUGUUGCCAGAUAUGUUGACUGAAUACCUGCUCCCUGGAAUCAAAGUGAUAACCACAUAUUUUGAGAGCAGCCUCACUGCCAAUGGACAAGACGGCUGGAAUCAGAUAAUUCUGAAUGAGAUGCAGACAGUCCAGAGCCUCCUGCCACCAAACAGCACAGCACAGACCUACGUUUCCAUCCUCAUUAACAUCACUCACUUCAUCCUGGAUUCUGGCAAAGGUAACAUGAGUAUCUGGUCAAUGUUGGAGAAUGCACCCGUGGAAAAUGUCCCCAUGAUCAUUGAGAAGAUGAGCAAACUCUUUCUCAGUGGUGAAGAACUGGCCUACAUCAUUGGCAACAUUACUGAGUCCCUGAGUAACGCUGUAAUGGUGGCAGAGCAACCAGGCGGUCUUGAGAGUGACGACUUCCUAGGUGCCAUCUUGAAAGCAGCUCAAAGUGCAAUGCAGAUCCUGACUGCAACCAACGGUCCUCUCCCACACUCUGUAGAGCAGAACAUCCUGGAAAUGUUGCAGUACUCACUUAAACUCAUUCUCCAACCAGACACCAACUUCAACACCUCACGUUUAAUUUCACUCAAAAUCCUUGAGAGGGCUGAGAGCGUCAUCGAUGAAUUGUUGCCAGAAAUGUUGACUGAAUACCUGCUCCCUGGAAUCAAAGUGAUAACCACAUAUUUUGAGAGCAGCCUCACUGCCAAUGGACAGGAUGGCUGGAAUCAGAUAAUUCUGAAUGAGAUGCAGACAGUCCAGAGCCUCCUGCCACCAAACAGCACAGCACAGACCUACGUUUCCAUCCUCAUUAACAUCACUCACUUCAUCCUGGAUUCUGGCAAAGGUAACAUGAGUAUCUGGUCAAUGUUGGAGAAUGCACCCGUGGAAAAUGUCCCCAUGAUCAUUGAGAAGAUGAGCCAACUCUUUCUCAGUGGUGAAGAAUUGGCCUACCUCUCCCUCAUUGGCGACAUCACCGAGUCCCUGAGUAACGCUGUAAUGGUGGCAGAGCAACCAGGCGGUCUUGAGAGUGACGACUUCCUAGAUGCCAUCUUGAAAGCAGCUCAAACUGCAAUGCAGAUCCUGACUGCAACCAACGGUCCUCUCCCACACUCUGUAGAGCAGAACAUCCUGGAAAUGUUGCAGUACUCACUUAAACUCAUUCUCCAACCAGACACCAACUUCAACACCUCACGUUUAAUUUCACUCAAAAUCCUUGAGAGGGCUGAGAGCGUCAUCGAUGAAUUGUUGCCAGAAAUGUUGACUGAAUACCUGCUCCCUGGAAUCAAAGUGAUAACCACAUACUUUGAGAGCAGCCUCACUGCCAAUGGACAGGAUGGCUGGAAUCAGAUAAUUCUGAAUGAGAUGCAGACAGUCCAGAGCCUCCUGCCACCAAACAGCACAGCACAGACCUACGUUUCCAUCCUCAUUAACAUCACUCACUUCAUCCUGGAUUCUGGCAAAGGUAACAUGAGUAUCUGGUCAAUGUUUGAGAAUGCAUCCGUGGAAAAUGUCCCCAUGAUCAUUGGGAAGAUGAGCAAACUCUUCAGCAUGCUUUGGCCACUCAUCAUGGGAGGCCCAGGCUCACAAACAGGCCCUCUGUCAAUUCAAGGCUUUGCUCAUCUUGCUGCAGUCUUGGAGGAGGUGCUGACUGGGAUGGCAGACCAAUCCACAUGGGACAAGCUUGAAGAGAUAAUAGAAUCCCUGCUCUCAAUCCUCAAAGAAACAGAGCUAUGGGAAAGUGUCCCAUCUGUUAUCCCCCUGUUUGAGAAAAUCGUAGGAAGUUUAGUAAACAACAUGCAAGCAGAGAACGCCUUGAUACUAAACCUUCAAAUGCCUGUGAUGACCCUGAUGAAUGAAUUUGCACGCUCUGUCAACAGCAGUCAUGUUAACCUCACUGAGGUCUCGGAAAGAAUGCAGGAUGCCAUUGAACACACAGUGCAGGCAGCUCAGCAGGCUAAUGGCUCACUAGAGUGCAGUGACGUUCUAAAUAUAUGGGAUCCUGUAAGAGAGGCGGCAGGGUUAAACCACUCUACCAUCGCUUUCUGGUGCAACACCAACCUGCAGUCUGUUUUGGAGGCCUAUAAUGAAGCCCAGAUUGUCUACAGCCACCUGAAUAUGAGUCACAUGGGUGUGGGACCAAUGAUGGCGAAUGCCACAGCUGCCAGGAUUGUCAGGACCUUACAGUCUUACUACCAAGUCAGCAUAAACCGCACCGUUGUGGCAGAGGAGCUGAUCAUGACUUUCUCAAGCAAGCUCUCUAUGCUGACAGGACAGCCUUUGAGCCCUGAGGCACAGCAGCGCUGGAACAUGCAGCUCCUGGAAGUGCAGCUGCUGAACAGCUUGUCUUCACUCAAAAUGCUCACAGACCAGCUGCUCACCGUGUCUCCAUACCUUCAGCCUUACGUUGAAGCUGUGGAGAAAGCACUCCAUCACCUCGUGGUCAACUUCCAUCAAAUUCAAGAAGAGAGCUCAUCCGAGGACAUCUUCGAUGAAGCGGUCAUGAUCUUCCUACACCAUGCAAACAUCACAUCAGACUUUUCUGAUCUUGACAAAGACUCUCUGACCUACAUGAUGAAGCAAGCUGUCAAAGUUCUGAUGGAGCUGUUUGAGGAUGUGCCCAUGGUUUACCAAGGCUUGGAGCAAUUUCUGGAUGACACAAGUAUGGUGUUGGAGAAGGUGGCUGAGUUGGUUGCAGGGUUGUUCUCUGCUGAAACGCUUGGUGGGUAUCUGGUGGUAGAAGUUCCGCCCAAAAUCUACCACAUCGUCAGGCUUCUUGUGUCUUCUCUGACUAAUAUGGGUAUGGACAUGCCAGCAAACAUGGGGCUGUUUGAAGAGCUCGCUGACAACAUUGUAGAAAUGGUGAGACAGUUGGUGAAGGCCAGUGUUUUUUCUGCUCCGGUGGACUACCAUCAUGGCAUGUAUAUGCAGGACAUGACAGGCCGUAACCAUUCAACAGGGAUCCGACGCAAACGUGAGGCCCCGUUGAUGCCCAUGAGGAGCCCCAUUGAUGACUUCAUCGAUCUGUUCAACAUUGACUACCAUACCAUGUUCAAAGCCAUGUCUAUCGCCCCGACCUCAGAAGAAAUGAUGGAAACAGCCCACAUGUUUUUUGCAAAUCCUGAUCUUGACAUUGUGAUGAAGGGAGUGACAAGAGACAUGCCAUGGUACUUGAAUGCCUCUCGGGAAGACACCAUAGAUGCUGCUACGGGGAUGCUCUCCUUCUUCACUCUCCAUAAUGUGUUUGAAAGGUCAUCCAUGGAACUCCUGCUGGAGGCUGCAGAAAUGCUUCCCGAUGGUUUUCCAUUUGCCUCAGAGCUUCAGAAUGUCAGCAGAGCAUUUGCCCAAGAAAAGCAAAAGAACCUGCAGCUUAUGGCAGAGACCUUCCACACAGCUGCUGAGCUCCUCCACAUCAGCCUGACAGACCCCAGAUUCAUGGAGCAACUAGGCCACCUGAAGUCCCAGGUUUGCAAUGUAGAGAAAACAGAGUCUGUGCGUGUGCUGGUGAGGACUAUUGGCUUUGAGCCUGACGUGCUGUGUGACACCUUGAUGCCGGCCCUGCAGUUCCUGGUUAAGAGUAUCACAAUGAACAUGACCACUGUGAUCGAUGCAGUGUUCGAGACCUUCAUCGGAGAUCCAAGUACCUAUGAUGUCAACUCCAACUGGACCUCUGUGCUGAGCGAAGGUUUGAGCUUUAACAUCAGCGGUCUGAGCUCUCUCAACAUUAACAUCACUUCUCCAGGAGUGGUGACAAUUGGUGAGAUACUGAGGAAUACAACAGCCUUUGUUGAGGAUGUGCAAAGACACAUGGAUUUUGAUCCCACUGCUCUCGCGAUCCUGUUGGAAACAACUCUACCAAAUAACAACUUAGUGAUCCUCUCCUGGUUGGUCAACAUGCGUCACUGUGACUCCAUAUCAACAGUGGACAUGGACCAGGCAGAUAAGACCAUCUUAAAGAUCUUCUGCUCCAUGUCUCCUCAAGGCUGGUACAGCUUUUCACUUCUGAUAACUCGCCAUCUGAACGUGGAGAAACUCAUCUACAGAAUGGUGUUGUCUGAAGAAAUGCAGAGCUUUGUGGAAGUGAUGCUUCAGAUGGCUGAAGUCCUAAUCAACAUGUUGGACAAGAUUGUUCCUGCUGUUCAUCAGAUACAAAGCUACGUGUCCUCUAUGGAAGAUCUCGACUCAAUGGCAAACAGCAAAAUUCACCACAAGACAAGAGUGCAAAGGUCCACCGACGUACCCAAAUCUUCAUUUGUCACCCUGUCUCGGGCGCUGUGUAGUAACGGCAUCAUCGCUCUGUUUGGAAUCUCCAAACUCCCUCUGUCUUCAGACGACUCAGACCCGUCCUCUCAGGAUGACCCAAAGAGAGAGGAGAUGAUUGAGAGGUUCAAACUUCCAAGAAAUGCCUCUCCGUUCUGUAUGAACAUGUAUCUUGACAUGGUGAAUACCACCGGAGGGGCCAUCGCCUGGGCCUUCCUCAAACCGAUGCUGAUGGGAAAAAUUCUGUUCACGCCCGACACACCUGUUACACGGGAAAUCAUGCAGAAGUCCAACGCCACCUUGCACGAGCUCGCAAACCUGAGGAAGCACUCCAGGGAAUGGAUCGAAUCCUCCGGCUACGUCUUAAAGGCUGCAGAAAUACUCAGCCACACUUUGCCGAUGCUGCAGAAUUCCCUGGGCAAUUCCUUUGUGAAGAAUUUCAUUGAGAUGCAGACAGACAUCAAUGUCGGAACAAUGAAGGAGACGCUCAGCAACUUCUCUAACAUGACUGUGAUGCUGGAGAAGAACAAAUCCAUGCUGGAUCAGAUCACAACCUUGUCCACCCUCAUGAUGAGCCUCUCCUCCUGUGUUAAAUUUGACCGCUACCUUGGCUACGACUCAGUGGAGCAGCUCGAUGCGGAUGCUGAGGACCUCGCCAAAAACAGGGAUCUCUAUGCAAGUGUCAUCUUCAAGCUUCCCAAAGACAGCUCAUCCAGGAAGCGCAGAGCUGCCCCCUUCACAUCCUCCCUUCCUCCCAAAGUCAGCUACACCAUCCGCAUGCAUAUGGACAAUGUCAUGCGUACCGACAGGGUUCGGGACCCCUACUUCACGAAGGACACGCACAUCUCAGCGAGUCACACUCUGCGUUACAACCGUGGCUUCGUCUACCUGCAGGAGACCAUAGAUCGAGCCAUCAUCGCCACCCAGACCGGGCAGACAGUGACCGAACCAGCUGUCCAGCUGCAGCCCUUCCCGUAUCCCUGCCACCACCGGGACGAGUACCUGGAGGCCAUCUCUUUUGUCUUCCCGCUGAUGCUGAUGUUAGCCUGGGUGCUGUUUGUGGCAGAUUUUGUGAAGAAGCUGGUGCAUGAGAGAGAGCUGAGGCUGCAUGAGUACAUGAAAAUGAUGGGAGUCAACCCGCUCAGUCACUUUUUCGCCUGGUUCCUGCACUGUGCCACCUACCUGGUGUUGACCAUCUCCAUCCUCACACUGGUGCUCAAGUACGGCAGCAUCCUGCCCCACAGCAACGGUUUCAUCCUGUUCUUGUACCUCUGCGACUACGGCUUGAGCAUCCUGGCUUUCAGUUACCUCAUCAGCUCCUUUUUCGACAAAACCUUCAUCGCCGGCUUGAGCGGCAGUCUCCUUUACAUCCUCUGUUUCUUCCCCUUCAUCGUGGUCAUGGCCGUGGAGAGGACUCUGACUUUCACACAGAAGAGCCUCCUGAGUUUGUUUUCACCGACCUGUUUCAGCUACGCCAGUCAGUACAUCUCUCGCUACGAAUCCCAAGGACAAGGGAUUCAGUGGAGCAACUCAUACACAUCCCCCUUGGCUGGAGACACCGCUUCGUUCGGUUGGCUGUGCUGGCUGAUGCUCAUCGACGCCAUCCUCUACUUCAUCAUUGGAGCUUACAUUCGCAUGGUCUUCCCAGGAAAGUAUGGCAUCCCUGCCCCAUGGUACUUCCCCUUCAAAGCCUCUUUCUGGGCCGACCUGUGCUGCUGUGUUAAGUCAAACAAUAAGUCGAGCAGGGGACUCCUCUUCACCAACAUCAUGCAGGAAAACCAGCCUGUUUUCUUUGACGACAAGGGAAAAGGCCAGAGCACACUGUCUUCUCAGGCCAGCGAAGAUUACUCACAUCUCCCAGUGGGUGUUGCCCUCCAUGGUCUCAGCAAGAUGUACGGCGACCGAGUAGCUAUUCAAAACCUUAAUGUUUCCUUCUACGAGAGCCACGUCACCUCCCUGCUUGGUCACAAUGGAGCCGGCAAGACCACCACCAUGUCUCUCCUCACUGGCCUCUUCGCUCCAUCUUCGGGCACCAUUGAGGUGUACGGCAGAGACAUGCAGACCCACAUCGACGACGUCCGCAAAGAGCUAGGAGUGUGCAUGCAAUACGAUGUCCUCUUCGACCACAUGACCACCAAGGAGCACCUGCUGCUGUACGGCCAGAUCAAAGCCCCACACUGGUCACAAAGGGAGCUGCGUGAACAAGUCCGCACGAUCCUGGAGGAGACAGGAAUGUACGCUCACAGACACAAGCGGGUGGGCACCCUGUCGGGCGGCAUGAAGCGCAAGCUGUCAAUCUCCAUCGCCUUCAUAGGGGGCUCCCGCUUGGUGGUGCUGGAUGAACCCACCACAGGAGUCGAUCCCUGCUCCAGGCGCGCCAUCUGGGACAUUGUUAUCCAGCACAAAAAACAACGCACCAUCAUCAUGUCCACGCACCACCUGGAUGAGGCCGAAGUUCUGAGCGACCGCAUCACCUUCCUGGAGAAGGGAGGAUUAAAGUGCUGUGGAUCACCCUUCCACCUGAAAGACAAGCUGGGUCAAGGCUACAAACUCACUCUCACUAAGAAGAUGAUGAAACUGGAGACAGAGCGGAUUGACAACGCUGAACUGAAAGCCUUCAUCCAAGCUCAUGUACCUGAAGCCCGACUUAAGGAAGCCCAGGGGGGUGACCUGGUCUACUCGCUGCCUCCCUUCACCUCAUCCAACGCCUCUUCAUACCGCUCCCUCUUGACCGCGCUGGACUCAAACCUGGACGCCCUGCAACUCGGAGGAUAUGGCGUGUCUGACACCACCUUGGAGGAGGUGUUCCUCCAGUUAGCUCAUGAAGACACUGAGCUUGGGCCUGAGGACAUCCUCCCGUCUAUCUCAGAGACAGUUUCUGACACCGGAUCCAUCAACAGCUUCCCGUCAGACCUCGACGGAAGCAUCCCUGACUUUAGCGAUAGCAUCAAGCUGACCGGUUCAACCACAGUGAGCGGCAUGAUGCUGGCCUGGCAGCAGUUUGUAGCCAUACUAACUAAGAGGUUCCAUCACAGUCGCAGGGACUGGAAAGGCCUGAUUGCUCAGAUCCUGCUCCCUGUCUUGUUCAUGGUGUUUGCUAUGGGUCUGGGCUCCAUCAAGAGUGACCUGAAGCACUAUCCUGAGCUCGAGCUCAGCCCGGCGCUUUACAAAUCAGGACAGAGCUACUCCUUCUUCAGUAACUCAAAUCCCAACUCAGAGAAGCUGUCGGACGCCAUGAUGUCAUUCCCUGGAAUCGAUAACACCUGCCUCAACAAGCCCAAUAACCCGGUCUGCUCAAGAAGUGAAAGUCUCUGGAAAUCCAGUGGGAACAGCUCCAAACCAUUUAGUGGCUGUAAAUGCACCCGCAAGGAACAGAUUUGUGAAACUGACAGCUACCAGCCCCCCCACAAAAACGUCCCUUCAUCUCAGACUGUGUAUAACCUCAAUUGCAUCAAUGUGGAAAAAUACCUGGUGUCCACAGCAAACGACUUCAUCAGGAACAGGUAUGGCGGUUUUGCUUUCGGCAUGCCGCUCCCUCCCGACUUGAAGAUGGAUAUAAAAGCUGUACCAAAAAACCGCACUCUGUCUAAGGUCUGGUUCAACCCUGAGGGCCACCACACAAUGCCAGCAUACUUGAACAGCAUCAACAACUUCAUCCUACGCUCCAAUCUCCCAGCAGACAAGGAUCCACGUAAAUAUGCCAUUUCGGUCUCCAGUCACCCCUAUUUUGGCCGGGCGGAUGAUGAAGAUGCAAUUGUCCAGGGAAUGCUUCAGAUCCUGGUGGCCAUGUGCGUGUUGACUGGUUAUUCCAUCACCACAGCCAGCUUUGCGAUCUAUGUCGUCAACGAGCACCACAGUGGCUUAAAGAGACUCCAGCACAUCGCCGGCAUCAGUGAACACUUCUACUGGGCUGUCAACUUCUUCUAUGACAUGGUUAUGUAUCUGAUCCCAGUGACCAUGACUAUUUGCGUGAUCGCAGCCUUCCAGAUCCCAGCCUUCACAGAUCGACAAAACUUAGGUGCUGUCACUCUGCUUCUGGUGCUCUUUGGGUUUGCCACCUUCCCCUGGAUGUAUCUGCUAUCUGGCAUCUUCAAGGACGGAGAGAUGGCCUUCAUCAUCUAUGUGUGCAUCAACCUCUUCAUCAGUAUCAACACCAUCAUGUCCACCUCCAUCCUCUACUUCCUGAGUCAAAUUUCAUCAAUGAAGCCUGAGAUCAUCAAGGUCAUCUUCAACCGGAUGUGCAACGCCUUCCUCAUCUUCCCCCAGUUCAACUUUGGCCACGGGAUGAUGCAGCUGGCAAGGAAGAACAUCGAGGUGCAGAUCCUCAGCGGCUACGGCAUCGACACCUAUCAGAACCCAUUCUCCACAGACGCGCUGGGCUGGCUCUUCAUCUCUUCUUUCAUCCAAGGCGUGGUCUUCUUCAGCCUGCGGCUUCUGAUCAACAAGUUUGUCACACGCAAAGUCAGACACCUCAUUUGUGGCAGAAAGACAGUGCCCAAUGUGGUUAAUCCAAACGAGGAUGAGGAUGUGGCAACAGAGCACCUUCGGGUGUCCAGUGGAGCAGCCGGCUCAGACAUCCUGCAGGUCAACCAGCUCACUAAGAUCUAUCAGAACCUCAGCAAGAAGGUCCAUGCUGUCAAGAGGGUGUCCGUGGGCAUCCCUGCCGGAGAGUGCUUUGGUUUGCUGGGAGUGAAUGGAGCAGGAAAGACCACCACCUUCAAGAUGCUGACUGGAGAUAUCAGCCCAUCUGAUGGCACAGCACAGAUCAGGGACCGUAGCGGGCGUUUGAUAGACAUCAUGGAGUGCCGCAACCAGGGAAUUAACAUUGGCUACUGUCCCCAGGUAGACGCUUUGGACAACCUGCUCACCGGAGAGGAGCAUUUGUACUUCUACGCGCGCAUCCGAGGCAUCUCAAAGAGGGAGAUAGAUGGGGUGGUGAGAUAUCUGCUGAAGAGGCUGGAGCUGAACUACCACAGGAACAUCACCACGGAAGGUUACAGCUGUGGAACCCGCAGGAAGCUCUCCACAGCGCUGGCUCUCAUCGGGCAGCCGCAAAUCCUGCUCCUGGACGAGCCAAGCUCUGGCAUGGACCCACGCACCAAACGCCACCUGUGGAAGAUCAUCUCUGAUGAAGUGAAAGGGAAAUGCGCCGUGGUCCUCACCUCCCACAGCAUGGAGGAGUGUGAGGCACUGUGCAGCCGUCUUGCCAUCAUGGUGAAAGGUCAGUUCCGUUGCCUGGGCUCCCUGCAGCACAUUAAGAACAGGUUCGGCAGUGGGUUCACUGUGAAGAUGUACUUGGCUGAGGCCUCCUGUGAUGCAGAGGCAAUCACUGACUUCAUGCAGCGCAGAUUCCCCAGCACUUAUCUCAAGGACCAGCACUCCAGUAUGGUGGAAUAUCACGUCCCAGUCGCUCCAGGAGGGGUGGCUGACAUCUUUGACCAGCUGGAGUCCAACAAGAAUGCUCUGCGGAUCAAACACUUCUCUGUGAGCCAGACCACACUGGAUGAGGUCUUCAUCAACUUUGCAUUGGAAAAGAAUGACAUGGAAAGCAUACCAAUUGAUGACCCUGAUGUUGACAGCCUGGGCUCCUUCAACACUGUUGAAACAUAAGGCUGACUGCCAUCUUUUCUUUGUCAUUUUCUCUAUGUCCACUGUGAAAUGAAACACAGUAUCUGUUUAUUACUGUCUGCCCUCAGUUUGCCCUUGAUAUGUGAAAAACAAGAGUUUAAACUAUUCAUGUUUUUAAAAAGUAUUGGUUAUUUCUUGAAAAUAUUCUAACUGAUUACAUGAAGGAUGACUUAGCAAAAGAACAAACACUCAUUUGCAUGAAUGCAAAAAUAGAAAAAGAUGAUGAAUUGAAGCAUUAUAUUUAGAGACAUUAUCCAUUAUUGCAGGUCACACACCUGUUUACCUUUUAUUCCAUAGGUCUUGUUAUUUAUGAAGGAUGAAAUGCAAUGUGAAGGCUAUUCAUUUUUCUAUGUGGCUUGGGCACUGUUCACUGUGGGAAUAUGAUCAUAGCUAAUCAAAACACCAUAUUUUUUACUUUGAAUAUUUUUCAUUCGACCUUGAUGUUUUAUGAUAAUAACAAUAAGGCACUAACAUGCCGAAUUGAAGGCGUAUCUAAAGGAUUUUUUUUAAUUCUAAGGUACCUGUAAAUGUCCUCCCUAGAUGAUACUGGAAAGAAGAAUAUAAUCAUACACUGAAGAAUAUCCUCACUAUGCACUUUCUCCCAACUCAUUAACACGUGCUCUAAGGGCAAACCUUACAUUUAGAUCGAACUGAAUAUUUAAUGGACUCUUUCCUGCUUUUGGACCCUUCUAAAAUGGCCUUGAAUGUAUCAAGCCUUUUUUUUUAUUAUUAUUCUAAUAAAGCUAUUUUUCAGAUGCAA